AUGGAAGAAGGGGAGAAUCAAAACUUGUACCGCGGGGAAGUGCAACGUGGUCGCACAAUGUCUAGUACCGACGUUGUGUUCACCAUCACCGCCCGGAUGCGAACUACAACCGCCAGCAGUGCUGUCCACCAGCAGGACAACUUUUUACGGACGAGAGCCGAGACGGACUGCAGUACCGCGGCUUCUCACGGCGGUGGCGACGAGUCGAGCGACAUUUCCUCUUCGUUCGUGGACGAUGAAGGAGGUGUUGUUCCGUCGUGGUCCAGUACGACGUCCCUGUCGGAAGAACAACCUAAAGGGAAAACCGAAAACAAGUGUCUCGAGCAGAACAAAUGAGCUGCCCGGAGGAGGUUGUAGUGCUAUUUCUCGCAGGGGGAGGGGUCCUGGAGGUAUGUUCAAUCUCCAGCGAGAAUAGUGAAGAGAAUCUGGCAUCGGGACAGAAAUAAAGGAUACACGGGACGUAGAGACCGACGAGUGCUUGAUGGCUUGCAACCUAGAUCUUUCACUUGCUAUCAUGUUGGCAAUAAAUUAUCGCUACUGCGGAUGGAGCGGUUGCGACUCUUGUGCAAAGAAAAGCAAGUCAGUCAGCUGUUUUUUUCUAUUUAUGCUUUCAUUUUCCGUUGAAAACUUUUCUAGAAGGAUCGAAGUCGGCUUUUCGUACUGCGACCCUUGUUCGUAAACCAUUUGAAUGUCGUUGAAUAUCUAUCAUUCGAUGCUACAGCAAAACCACAACUGUCAAACGUAACAGUCUUGAAGUGUAAUUUCAGCAGUAUCUAUAAGCUCGUGGCGGUUUUAAUAUUCGUUGGGUUCCUGCUUCUGCCGAAAGAAGUGACAGCUUUUCGAAGUACUUGAUAUAGAUCAAGUCCAUAGUACUAUCUAUUUUUACUGUAGAAAGAUAGUUGCUGCUAAUUAGUACAUUAAGGUGGAGGUGCAAGAACCUCUACUCGUCCUGCUCUCACACGUGGAAAACAUGGGAGCUGCAAAGGACGGGGUCUUUUUGUCGUAGUAAGCACUUCUUCUCUACAACGGUGCCUACAUUUAUUUCUUCUUCCUGAACAAGUGCUAUGAAGAAAAGAUAUUUUCCACCCGCGGCCUAAUUACUCUCGCUGAUUGUGAUUGAGAAUCUUUGUGUUGUACUUGUACCUUCUGACAAAAUUUAUCGAAAAACAGAAUGUUGUACUCGAGAGGACACUGAUUAAGCCCAUGGCCUG